CCCGCCCCCGCCGCCAGAGGUUGGGGAAGUUUACAUCUGGAUUUUCACACAUUUUGUCGCCACUGCCCAGACUUUGACUAACCUUGUGAGCGCCGGGUUUUCGGUACUGCAGCCUCCUCAAAUUUUAGCACUGCCUCCCCGCGACUGCCCUGUCCCUGGCCGCCGAGGUCCUGCCCUCACCCCGGCGGAGCGCGAGCCGGAGGGCGCAGUAGAGCCUGGGGCCUGGGGCCCUCGCUGAGCAGCUAUGGCUGCGGCGAUAGCCAGCUCCUUGAUCCGACAGAAGCGGCAGGCGAGGGAGUCCAACAGCGACCGAGUGUCGGCCUCCAAGCGCCGCUCCAGCCCCAGCAAAGACGGGCGCUCCCUGUGCGAGAGGCACGUCCUCGGGGUGUUCAGCAAAGUGCGCUUCUGCAGCGGCCGCAAGAGGCCGGUGAGGCGGAGACCAGAACCCCAGCUGAAAGGGAUUGUGACAAGGUUAUUCAGCCAGCAGGGAUAUUUCCUGCAGAUGCACCCAGAUGGCACCAUUGAUGGGACCAAGGACGAAAACAGCGACUACACUCUCUUCAAUCUAAUUCCCGUGGGCCUGCGUGUAGUGGCCAUCCAAGGAGUGAAGGCUAGCCUCUAUGUGGCCAUGAAUGGUGAAGGCUAUCUCUACAGUUCAGAUGUUUUCACUCCAGAAUGCAAAUUCAAGGAAUCUGUGUUUGAAAACUACUAUGUGAUAUAUUCUUCCACACUCUACCGCCAGCAAGAAUCAGGCCGAGCUUGGUUUCUGGGACUCAAUAAAGAAGGUCAAAUUAUGAAGGGGAACAGAGUGAAGAAAACCAAGCCCUCAUCACAUUUUGUACCGAAACCUAUUGAAGUGUGUAUGUACAGAGAACCAUCACUACAUGAAAUCGGAGAAAAACAAGGGCGCUCAAGGAAAAGUUCUGGAACACCAACCAUGAAUGGAGGCAAAGUUGUGAAUCAAGAUUCAACAUAGCUGAGAACUCUCCCCUGCUUCCUUCUCUCAUCCCUUCCCCUUCUCUUCCCUCCCAUUUACCCAUUUCCUUCCAGUAAAUCCACCCAAGGAGAGGAAAAUAAAAUGACAACGCAAGACCUAGUGGCUAAGAUUCUGCACUCAAAAUCUUCCUUUGUGUAGGACAAGAAAAUUGAACCAAAGCUUGCUUGUUGCAAUGUGGUAGAAAAUUCACAUGCACAAAGUGUAACACACUUAAAAGCAAAGGAAAAAAUAAAAUCAGAACUCCACAAACAUUAAAUUAAACUGUAUUGUUAUGCAUAGAAGGCUAAUUGUAAUGAAGACGUUAAUAAAGAUGAAAUAAAGUUAUUACCUUAAAGGAAAGGGUUUUGGAGAACUGAA